CCUAUCCGAUUGUCAACAUGAUAACAAUUAACAUGUGUGUUUUUAAAAAUCAAAUAAUUAUUAUUAAUGUUUUUUGUUGAAUAGUUAAAUAGUUUAAUACUUAUUUUUUUGUUAUAAGUAACUUAGGUACUGUCGACAUGGAAUACGAAUUCAAAGACAGAACAAAAGUGAAACGGCAUCGAAAACCAAUUAAUAGGACAACUAAACGAACCAUAACUUUUGAUGAAAAAUCUAGAACAGAUUUUUUGACUGGAUUUCAUAAAAGAAAGCUUGCUCGAAAAAAGAAAGCCAGAGAAGAUUUUGAAAAGAAGCUUAAAGAAGAAAAGAAAAGAAUCAAGACUGAGGCAAGAGAAACGUUUUUGAAAUUGACUAAUUCUCAUCCGUUUAUCCCGGAACCUCUCGAUAUGGUUACAAAAGAAUAUAGUUUGGAAAAUCAUACAGUACAAAUUUGUGACCUUUCAACAGAUGAGAUUGCGAAAAGUAACAAUUGGAUUGGAUCAAAUCAGGUAAUUUAUGAAGAUGACAAAGAAAGUAAAAAAGAAGAAGAUAAUGAUAAAACUAAUGAAGAAGAUAGUGCUGAAAAUGUACCUGGCAUGGGUUUCAGUUCAAUAAAAGAAAUAAAAAAGGCAAUUAAAAAACAAGCAGCUCAAACUGUUCAAAACAGUAAAAUAUUUAAAAUGAAAAACAAAAUUGAACAAAUUAAAGACAAAAAAAAAGCUAAAAGGAAGAAAAUGUUAGAAACAAAAAGACAAAAAUGGUUGAAAAAAAGAGGGAAAGGGAAAAAGAAGUAAAUAUAAUUAUUUUACCACUGAAUUUAUCUGGUCGGCUAUGAAGGUAUAUUAUGUACAAAUUUCAAAAUAAAAUGUAAACAUUAUUAUUC